UGAGACGGAGGGAGUACGAUUAUGAUCUCAAAUAGGUUUUUAAUUUUUUUUCAGUACUUUACAUGUAAAGCUAAUUUCUGGUAUCUAAAAAAGGCACGCGUUAAUUUUUUUUUUUUUUGUGUCUUAAGAAAAGUGAAUGAGCUUUUUGCAUUUUUAUGAGAAAAGUCCAACAAUUUGAGUAAUAUUCAAGUAAUUUAGAUCAUGACAAAAUGAGUUGUUGAUGAGUUUGUGCUCUAUUAAUUUAUUCCCAUCAAUUUAUUUGGCUGAAAAUAACAAAAAGUGAAAAAAGGGUCCCAAAAAGACAAAAUUGGUUCGUCAGAAUUUGGCAUUUUGGUCUAAUUUGGCUGUUUGUUUUUUUAUAAAGAACGUAUUUUUUGGGUUGGUAAGUUUUCCAAAAUUCAAGGAUAAAUAAAAACUUGAGUUUUGGGAGUCUCGUUGACAUAGGAGAAAACAAAGAAAGAGAGAAAAAAAAAAUGGGUUCUUUUGGGAAACUAAAACUAGCAAGGAGGGCAUUGGAGACUGAAUCACCAGUUAUGGUUCAGAUACAAGAAUUAUACAGGGCUACCAAAGAUGCUGUGUCUUUGGCUCAGGGCGUAGUAUAUUGGCAGCCACCAAAACAAGCACUGAACAAAGUGAAAGAGCUCGUCUGUGAGCCUAAAAUUAGUCGGUAUGGUGCAGAUGAAGGUAUUCCUGAGCUAAGAGACGCUCUGAUGCAAAAGUUGCAAAGGGAGAACAAGUUGAACAAAUCAAAGAUCAUGGUCACAGCUGGUGCAAAUCAGGCGUUUGUGAAUCUUGUUCUUGCACUAUGUGAUGCUGGGGAUUCUGUGGUCAUGUUCGCACCAUAUUACUUCAAUGCAUACAUGUCCUUUCAAAUGACUGGUGUUAGUAACAUACUAGUUGGUCCUGGUGAUCCAGAGACUCUGUAUCCUGAUGCAGACUGGCUAGAGCAGACUCUCAAGGCUAACCCACCACCAAAGGUGGUCACAGUUGUUAAUCCAGGCAAUCCAUCGGGGACUUACGUACCAGAACCUCUCCUCAAGAGAAUUUCUGAUCUUUGUAGAGAUGCUGGCUCUUGGCUCAUUGUAGAUAAUACCUAUGAAUAUUUCAUGUAUGAUGGUCGGAAGCACUCAUGUAUAGAAGGAGAUCAUAUAGUCAACAUUUUUUCUUUCUCAAAAGCCUACGGAAUGAUGGGAUGGCGUGUUGGAUAUAUAGCAUAUCCGGCUGGAGUAGACGGGUUCUUAGAUCAGCUCCUGAAGGUGCAAGAUAACAUUCCAAUUUGCGCUUCUAUAAUAUCUCAACACUUGGCACUUUUCUCCAUGGAGGUAGGAAGAGAUUGGGUAGAGGAUCAAGUUAAGGACUUAGUUAAGAAUAGGGAACUUAUAAAGGAGGCACUUUCUCUCUUGGGUGAGGGUGCUGUAAAAGGGGGAGAAGGGGCCAUCUACCUAUGGGUGAAGCUUCCUGAUAAGUUCCAAGAUGACUUUGAAAUUGUUCGUUGGCUUGCUCGCCGACAUAAAUUGGUCUUGAUCCCGGGAAGUGCUUGUGGAUGCUCGGGACACCUCAGAAUAUCCUUCGGUGGUCUGCCAGAGGCUGAAACCGCGGUUGCUGCAGAGAGGCUCAAAAAGGGCUUUGAGGAACUGUUGAAAGAUGGAAUGGUGGAGGGAUAAUUGGAGGUUAUUUUUUUGUUCUUUUGGGUUGUGGGGGAUAUACUCUAAUUAAUAAGCAUUUGUCAUUUUAGUUUCAUUAGAAUGAAGAAAGGCAAGUUGUUUCUAUAAAUGUAAUGACUUGUACAGAAUGAUCAAAUUUUCUCUCUAAAGAGUAUAAAAAGUUGAGAAAAUCAUUGUAGCCACCAUGUGGUUGGAAAACUUGAAAAUAAUACGAGAUCAUGGCGAGCUAACUGUA